AUGGAGAGCCGGCAACACCAUUGCAGAUGGUCGGGGCCCGACUUCCUCGGAUGGGUGUGCUUUCGGAUUUCCGGGAAGCCAGGGGUGAAGGGAGCCGAGAACAUCGUCAAGUACAUGUCAGAUCUUCCGAAUGUUUUUGAGAAGCGGGGGCUCAAGAUUCUGGAGCAGGGAUGCAUCCGCAUCGGCGCCAGUCAGGUCCGCUGGGACGAGCUAAUUCAACAGGUGCCAGACUACUUUGAUGUCGUGGGCAUCGGCUGUUCAUCCAAGGAGAACUUUGGCAGGCUAGUUCUCACGAGAUUUCUGCAGUUCACCGCGGAUGCAGAUGGCCUGCAAAAGCUCCGGAAGUUUGUCGCAGAGGUGCGGGAAAAGGCUGCACCAGUGCCCCGUGCUCAGCGGUGCUCCGCCAUGUCGUCGCGCAUCCCCGCUGAAGUCCCGUUCUUAGGUUGCACCUGGAAUCCUGAUGGACGGCCUGUGGUGCACGAAUUGCGGCGGUCGCUGGAAUCUCAGUAUGCGAUCGUGCAUCCGGAGACGCUGCUGCAGUUGCGGGGGUCUCGGCAUGCGAUUGUGCACUGGGUUGGUUGCACUCCUGCAAGCUCGAGGCCCGUGCGGCGAGAUGCUCGCCAAUACGGCAGCAGAGUCUGGCUCGCGAAUGCGAGCAAAAAAAACAGCGAGAUGGUCUGCCGAGUGCGUGUUAGCUGCUGUGUGUUGCACAUGUGGGCAUGUUGUCAUGUGUAG